GGCAACAAGAAGAACUUUGCUGCCGUCCUCGUCCCCUUCUACACCCUCACUCGACCAUCACCUCCUUCUCCAUCCUUGUCCAUCUCGCAGACUACCCUCGCCAUGUCCACCCAGUUCACAUUGGACGGUUUGGAGGAGAGGAUCAAAGCUCACGGAAGCUCCUUUGAUUCUCUGCUCAAGCUGAUUCCUGCACAAUACUACAUUACUAAGGAACUCUCGGAAGAGGAGCAGAACUCAAAAUACCAGCACAAUAAAAAGAGAAAUGCCCCCAAGCAGGAUAUCAAGGAGCGCACAAAGAAGGCCAAGAAGGCCAAGCUUGAUCCCGAUAACAACAAAUCUGUCACGGAUAUCCAGUCUGAAAUGGCUGCGAAGGGAGACGACAAUGACAGCGACGAUAACGAGGAUGAUGAUGAGGGCGACAACGACGUGGAAAUGGUGAGCACCGACGAUAUUGUGGAGGAUGAUACCGAGGCACCUGUGAUCGCAAAGUCUUCAACGCACAACUUUGAGGGGUUGUUGGCUCAGGUCCAGACCGCAGCCCAGACACCAGCCCAGGCUCCUAAAUCAAUCACGGAACUGCGCGCAAAACUCGAAGAGCGCCUUGCAAAGCUGCGUGGGCGUCGUGGUGUCGCUGCUGAGGCCAGUGGUGCUGCCAAGCCCACGUCCCGACAGGCCAUUCUGGAGGCUCGUUUGAAGAGGAAAAAGGACAAGAAGGCAUCCCAGAAAUUGGCCAAGGAGAAGAGAGCUGCCGGUGGAUCAGAAGGUCUUGUGGUCAAGGAGGAGGCCUCUUCCUCAGCAAAUGGUGGGCGACCCACAGCAUCGUCGAUCAACGACAAGGGCGAAGUCCGAUUCAGCAAGUUUGAAUUCGAUGGCCUUCAAAAGAAGAAAAGAGGACCUACGGACGCACAAGGUCAGCUCAAGAUGGUCGAAGCACAUAAGGAAAAGCUGGCAGCACUACAGACCGCUGACCCUGAGAAGGCAAACGCUCUAAAGGAAAAGGAUACCUGGAAAAAGGCACUGCAGUUGGCACAGGGUGAGAAGGUCAAGGACGACGUCAAGCUCCUGAAGAAGACUAUCAAGCGCGAGGAGGUACAAAAGAAGAAGAGUUCCAAGGAAUGGGGUGAGCGCAAAUCAACAGUCAGCAAGACUAAGGAUCAGAAGCAGAAGAAGCGCGAGGAGAAUAUCAAGGCUCGUAUCGAUGCUGCUAAGAAUAAGGGCAAGAACGGAGACAAGAAGGGGGACAAGAAGGGGGCCAAGGGACCAGCAAAGGGAAAGGGCGGCAAACCAAAAGCACGUGCGGGCUUUGAAGGAAAGAACAGCAAAAAACCAUCCAAACCAUCUAAGAAAUAAACUGCA